CGAACUAUUCGAUUAAUUAUCCAUUCUUUUUUUUUUUAGUUUGAAUGUAUAAGAACAAAGAGUUGUUACGCAUCAUGACAAUGUCUUAGAAAACAAAAGAAAUGAAUAAAAAAGUAAAACGAAAAAUAAAAAGUGAGGAUGAAGUUGUUGAAUGAGUUGGCGAGGCGGCGACUUUUUCAUACAUUCCAUUUACUUAAUUCCUAAAGUCCUUCUCACAUCUCUUUGUUAUAUAAUGACACCAUAACCAUUUCUUCUCUUCACAAUCUUUACAAGAAUAUCUCUCUUCUACAGUAAACAAAAAAUGGCAAUGAAUGGUUUGUCCAAGAUGGCUGUAGCCGCCGCAACUGCUCUUCUCCUAGUUCUGACCAUUGUCCCGGGCGCAGUAGCUGUGACUUACACUAUUGAAUGGACCACUGGUGUGGACUACUCAGGUUGGGCUACCGGAAAGACUUUCAGGGUUGGUGACAUUCUAGAGUUCAAGUAUGGUUCUUCCCACACGGUGGAUGUGGUUGACAAAGCCGGAUAUGAUGGCUGCGACGCCUCCUCCUCGACUGAGAACCAUUCCGAUGGAGACACCAAAAUCGAUCUUAAGACUGUAGGAAUAAACUAUUUCAUCUGUUCUACACCUGGUCACUGCAGAACCAAUGGCGGCAUGAAGCUAGCCGUUAAUGUCGUAGCCGGUUCUGCCGGACCUCCGGCCACUCCCACGCCACCUUCUUCAACUCCGGGAACUCCUACCACACCGGAAUCACCUCCGUCUGGCGGAUCACCCACACCCACCACACCCACACCUGGUGCAGGUUCAACUUCUCCUCCUCCUCCACCAAAGGCAAGUGGUGCGUCUAAGGGAGUGAUGAGUUACGUUUUGGUGGGAGUCUCGAUGGUUUUGGGUUAUGGUUUGUGGAUGUAAUUGGUUUAGAGAGCCAGGGUGGAGUCAGUGCUUUUGCCUUUUUAAAUUAUUUUGGUUUUUGGUUGUAAGAGAAUUUGGGUUUGUGUGCCACGUCAGAAGCUCUUCAUUAUUCGUAGGAUUUUUAUUAUCUCGGCAUUUGAUUAUCGUUAUCAUCAUCAUCAUCACAUUCACUUAUUCUCUUGUUGUAAUAAAUUAUACUAUUAAUUUUCAUUUUCGUUCAUGUGGAACCACUCCAUCGUUCGUAAUUAUCAUCUGUUCUCUUCUUCAUAUUCGUUUUUAAUUUAUCGGUUUUGGAAUCACAUGUACAGUUGUUUUCCAC